AUGUCUGAUUUAUCCACAUCACAGUUGUUUGUAAGACCAUUACCUGGUGAUGUUAGGCCAGAAGAGCUGCAAGAUCUCUUCGGAAAGUUUGGCCCCAUAAAGGAAGUCAAAAUCAUGCGUGGUUACGCGUUUGUGGAAUAUGAAGAAGGAGCUGAUGCUUCCGCUGCUUUGGAAAACCUAAACAACACUCCAUUUGGGGAUCAAGAUCUCCAGAUCGAGUUCGCCAAGGAGAAGCCAAGUUAUGCUAAGCGUGGUGAAAACAGGGUAAAAGUAACGAAUAUUCCAGAAUCCAUCGCAUGGCAAGACCUGAAAGAUUUUAUUGCAAAAGAGAUUGAUAUCCUUCCUACCUUUGCCCGUCUGAACAGACACGACGAGCCACCUACUGCGACCUUAGAAUUCAACAACAGGGAAGAGUUGGAAGCUGCUGUUGAAAAGAUUAAUGGUAUUGUUUUGGAGGAACACACUUUAACUGCUGAAGAAGACACUUCCCCUUUUAUUCCAAUGCCUGGUAGAGGUGGUUUCCGUGGAGGUCCUAGAGGUGGUCGUGGUGGCUUCAGAGGCGGACGUGGUGGCUUCAGAGACGACUACAGAGGUGGAUUCAGAGAUGACUACAGGGACGAAUUCAGAGGUGGUCGUGGAGGCUUCAGAGAUGAUUUCCGUGGUGGAUUCCGUGGUGGUCGUGGCGGUUACCCUCCAAGGGAUGAUUUCCGCGGUGGAUUCCGUGGUGGUCGUGGUGGUUUCAGAGACGAACCAAGAGGCGGCUUUAGAGGUGGUCGUGGUGGCUAUCCUGCAAGAGAAAGUUUCAGGGAUGAGUUCCGUCCUCCUCCUAGAGAUGACUACAGAGAUGAAUAUAGAGCUCCUAGAGAUGAUUAUGGUCCACCUCCUCCAAGGGAUGAUUACAGAGAUGGUUACAGAGAUGAUUAUAGAAGAGAUGCUCCUCCUCCUCCAAGAGAUUACCCACCAAGAGACAGAUCUCCAUCCAGAGCUUGA